GACACAGAACCCUCCGGACCACUUCACCAACUGCGCUACAUUUUGUUUUUUACUUUUUUAAUAAUUUUUUUUUUUUUUUUUUUUUUACUUUUCAUGACCGGUCCGAGGGGGAUGGCGGGAAACGAAAAGGUCCUGCUCCCUGUUUUGGCGAGCCUGUAGGAUCUCUGGGGGUCCUGUUUCGUAACACUGGCGACGUGGGUGCGGGCAUGACUGUUUCUCCACUGAUAAAGGGGCUGCAGAGAUCCUACGUGUGACGCUGGCCAUCCGCCCGGCCUAGAGACCCCUGGAGUGGGACCCCCACAUCCCAUGAACACACAAGAAGAGGCGGGGAGCAGCGUCCGUCCUGAGUCUGUCCUGAGGCUGCGCAGGGGACACAUGCCAGUCACCUCCGAGGGCACCAACUCCCAACAUGAUCAGUGCCACGAUACCUGUGCCCUCCUUGGAGAUCCCCCACCGUGCCCUGCCCAGGAGAAUACACCGGAGGAAAGUGACGCAGUAGAAGAAGCGGCCCCGGAAGAUGAAGGCUUCAUGGGAAUGGCUCCUCUCCUGCAGGCCCAUCACGCCAUGGAGAGGAUGGAGGAGUUUGUCUGUAAGGUGUGGGAGGGGCGGUGGCGGGUCAUUCCUCACGACGUGUUACCCGAUUGGCUGAAGGAUAACGAUUACCUGCUGCACGGGCACCGCCCGCCGAUGCCUUCCUUCAGGGCCUGCUUCAAAAGCAUCUUCAGAAUACACACAGAGACGGGCAACAUCUGGACCCACUUACUAGGCUGCGUUUUCUUCCUUUGCCUCGGCAUCUUCUACAUGUUCCGGCCCAACAUGGCGUUCGUGGCGCCGGUGCAGGAGAAGGUGGUGUUCGGCUUCUUCUUCCUGGGCGCCAUCCUCUGCCUGUCCUUCUCCUGGCUCUUUCACACCGUUUACUGCCAUUCGGAGGGGGUGUCUCGUGUCUUCUCCAAAUUGGAUUAUUCCGGUAUCGCCCUCCUCAUCAUGGGCAGCUUCGUUCCCUGGCUCUACUACUCCUUUUACUGCAACCCGCAGCCAUGUUUCAUCUACUUGAUCAUCAUCAUCGUCCUGGGCAUCGCCGCCAUCGUAGUCUCCCAGUGGGAUCUGUUUGCCACCCCACAAUACCGUGGUGUCAGAGCGGGUGAGUGCCCGGGCAUCUGCCAAUCAUACAUUGCUGUCCCCACGUAUGUGCCAAAUGUAGGGUCACCUGACUUCUUUCUUCUCUCCCCCAUAGGGGUAUUUAUUGGACUGGGCCUCAGUGGCAUUAUCCCCACUCUACACUUCGUCAUCUCAGAGGGGUUCCUGAAAGCCGCCACCAUGGGGCAGAUUGGUUGGCUCGUCCUCAUGGCCUCCCUGUAUAUCACAGGUGCCCUCCUGUACGCUGCCCGUAUCCCCGAGCGAUUCUUCCCCGGAAAGUGCGAUAUUUGGUUCCACUCUCACCAGCUGUUCCAUAUCUUCGUUGUGGCCGGAGCGUUUGUCCAUUUCCAUGGAGUCUCCAACCUGCAGGAAUUCCGCUUCACUGUGGGAGGCGGCUGCGCGGCCCAGGAGGUGCUGUGAGGAUCUCGCCGCCAUAGAGGGCGCGCAGCACAAGAUCAUCUACCGCACAGGAUGGUUUGGAGGACAGGACCUUCCCCAACCACCAUGUGAGGGACAGAGGAGACAACCCCGGCAGAUACACAACAAGUCCCAGACAGACUGUGGCACCUAACAAUCUUACCUCAAAUACCAAGUGUAUGAUGUCUAUUUAUUCCUGGGGAGGGGGUCACGUAUCUUUAACCCUUUCCAUUUUGGGUGGGGGGGGUGGGCGGCGGGAUCUACGGUCUCUCCUGCACUGACUUUGGCUCAAAUUCUGCUCACUGCUUGGGCUUCCCAUGAAGCGGGAGGCUCCACCCCUUUGGGCGUGGCUAUCCCAUGGUGUAAACACUUCCGUAUUUGUUUUCUUCCACUUCUGGAUAAAAUUUUUCUGAGAAAAAAAUUUUUCUUCCUCUAACAUCUCCAUAGAAGAAAAAUCUUUUUUUUUUCUGUUCUUGUUCUCCACAUUUCUGAGAAGAUCCGAGGAGCAGUCAGUGAGAAUUUGAUGUAAAUAAUAAAAAAAACUUUCUAAUUUUCUGUUUAAAAAACAAAACUAAACUAAAAAAAUAUAAAAAAAAUAAAUAAAACACAAAAAAAACCUAGACAUUUUUGAAAAGUUAAGGAGUUGGGGAUAAUAAAAAAAAAAAUAUACAUAAAAAAUUCUAUUGUGUAAGAAGAAUUUGUACCAUUCACUGUUCUGGACGGAUUUGCACACGGCUGGGGCAGUCACCAUGAUGGCGAUUGGUGUCAAGGUUGGCGCCCCCUACUGCUGGGCGGGCUCUUCUGGAUUUAUACACUGUAUUGAUGCGUCAAUUCCCGAGUCAGCUGACCCUUAUUACGUGUCUGAUUACAGCCCCCCAUGUUUUUACAGGAGUGGCGGCUCCCCCCCCCCCCCCCCUAAAAUUAAGUGGUGAGGAAAAAAAACAAUUAUUUGUUCUUCGGGGGUGGGGAAGUACCGUAAGAUUCCGCUCCAGCAAUGGGUGAGGUUUGAAGAUUUUUUUUUUCUAUAAAAUGAUCUCAGGACUCGGUAGGAGUUGUCCAGGUAUCGGGCGCGUACAGGAGGUUAUCUACAGAUAUAACGGCCCGCCCACGCAGACCCAGGUCCCCGCCCACGCAGACCCAGGUCCCCGCCCCAGAGGAUGACUGAAGAUCUGGUUUCUAUUGACCGUCCAUACCAUUCGUGUAGUAGACAUCGCCAGGAACUUGGGGGUUUACAACAUCUGUACAGGGCCCGUGAGAAGCUGGGUUGUUUGGGAAAGAAAUGGAGGAUGAGAGUAGUAGUGGAAAUGUCAAGUGUUUCCAGCCCGUGGAGUGUGCUAGGGCCGCAUCACAUUACAGGAGGAAGUAAAAGAUGGAGGAGCCCAGAAUGGGCCCCCGGGGGGUUUUGCCUUAUACUGUUGGACAAAAACUUUUUAAUACUGAUGUCUGGGAGUUAUGGACCUCGCUUCUAAUGGGCUCUGUAAUGUGGUGCUGCCCCCGCAGGCUGGGAGGGGUACUUGCCAUAGUUAGGCUUGUCCCCUCAUGGGCGGAGCUGCCGGGAAGCCUUAUUCUAUUCUCUCUCAUGUACUGGGGGGGGCACACAGCACGUGCCCCCGUGUCCCCAGUCCUUGUGGUCGGGUCGCACUCUACGCUUCUAUACUCAGAUAUUAGUGGCCUUGUUAAUACUCAUUUACUGUGAGAAGCAGCGAAGCACAUUGGGUAAGGGGGGAGGGGCAGAGACUUCGGGGUUCAUUCUGAAUUCUCACUGUAUUAUUCACUUUCUGUUCAAUAAAAAAGAGCAAUUUAAAGUC